AUGGCAGAAAAUUGUAAGGAUGCAUUUGCAAUUUGCCGUUGGGCUGGAUAUCCUCAUAUUUUCGUAACAAUUACCUGUAAUCCUAAGUGGCCAGAAAUUUCACGGUUUCUUAAGGCUAGAACGCUGAACGCUGAAGAUCGUCCAGAUAUUCUUUGCAGAGUAUUCAAGUUCAAAUUGGACCAGUUGUUACAGGAUUUAAGAAACGGACAUAUUCUUGGCAAAAUUAAUGGAUAUGUUUGUACAAUUGAGUUUCAAAAACGUGGGUUGCCUCAUGCUCAUAUUCUACUGUUCUUGCAUUCCUCUAACAAGCCAGAAAGUGCUCUCGAUAUUGACAAAUUGAUUUCUGCGGAGAUUCCUGAUAAAGAUUGUGAUCCUUCAUUAUUUGCAGCUGUAACAAGUUAUAUGAUGCACGGUCCAUGUGGUCCUAAUAAUUACAAGUCUCCUUGCAUGAAAGAGGGAAAGUGUUCAAAGAAAUUUCCCAAAAAAUUCAGCUCCCGUACAAUUAUUGACGAUGAUGGAUUCCCUCAUUAUAAAAGAAGAAAUAAUGGGAGAUUUGUUAUUAGGAACGGUGUGGAGCUAGAUAACCGUUCUGUUGUGCCUUACAAUGCAAACCUUCUUUUAAAAUAUCAAGCUCAUAUAAAUGUUGAAUACACCUGUCAGAGCAGUGCUAUUAAAUAUCUUUUUAAAUACAUCCAUAAAGGAAAUGAUCGCGUGACAGCUGCUAUAAAACAUUCAGAUCCAACUCUUGAUGCAUCUCGAAAAAAUGAUGAAAUUCAAAUGUUUUAUGAUUGCAGGUAUGUGUCUGCAUGCGAGGCUGCUUGGAGAAUUUUUGGCUUUGAUAUUCAUUUUAGAUAUCCUCCUAUUCAGAGAUUGUCAUUUCACUUGCCUAAUGCAAAGAAUGUUGUUUUCCGGGAUAAUGCAUCAAUAUCUGAUGCGAAGACAAGAGCUGAGUCCAGGAGGUCGAUUUUUGAGGCUUGGAUGGAAGCAAACAAAAAAUAUCCAGAAGGAAGGCAUCUAACUUAUGCUGAGUAUCCAACCCAUUUUGUUUAUAAAGAAGAUACCCAAGAAUGGCACCCUAGAAAAAAAGGAUUUUCAAUCGGUAGAAUAAAUCGUUUCUCAGCUAAUAAUGGAGAAGAUUCAUAUCUUCGGAUGCUUCUUACUUUUCAGAAAGGUUGUACAAGCUAUUAUGAUUUGAGAACAAUUAAUGGUGUGCUUUUUCCUUCGUUUAAGGAUGCAUGCUAUUUUUUGGGUCUUUUGGAUGAUGACAGAGAGUAUAUCGAUGCUAUUAAAGAGGAAAAGUCUUGGAAAUUCCUCUCUGACGAUAUCUUAUAUCUACAUAGGAAAAAUAUAGGAUGUUCAGAUGCAUCUCUUCCAGAAGAUUGUAUAAUAAAUUCUACACUUGCUGAAAUAGACAAAGUACUGCAGAGCAAUGGUAGAUCUCUAUCAGAUUACCCGUCAAUGCCUCGCAUAAUGAUGGAAUCAUUGAUGGAUAUACAAAAUAGAUUGGUGCUUGAUGAGUUAUCGUAUGACAGGUUAUUUUUUAUAGAAGAACAUAAGAGAUUAUUACAUUCCCUAACUGAUGAGCAGAAAGAUGUCUACGAGAAGAUUAUUUCAGCGGUUUCCCGAGGCACAUGGGUUUUUUUCUUUCUUUAUGGGUUUGGAGGCACAGGAAAAACAUUUAUUUGGAAUACUUUGUCUGCAUCUGUUAGAUCAAAUGGAAAAAUUGUACUAAAUGUUGCUUUGAGCGGAAUUGCUUCCCUUCUGUUGCCUGGAGGACGUACAACACAUUCCAGAUUUCGUAUUCCUAUUCAGAUCAACGUGUAA